CCUGAUGAGCCAUUUUACACUCCUCUGUUACUGGUUCGGUAAAGGUGGGUGCUUUAGUGAGAGAGCGAGAGCAGCGAAGAGAGGAGUAAUGAACGACCUCUCAAACGCGGUUCUGAGAGACCACCAUACUAGUACCUUCAAGCCCAUACCAUCCCUUGUCCUCUACAUUCUCAUACCCAUCUUUGUUUUAGGUCUCUCUGUCUCCAUCUUCAUUCUCAUUGCCGUCCACAACGCCCUCUUCUUCGUCUUCUUCCUUUUGCUCUCUGCUCUCGUCCUCUCUUUCAUUCUCUGGAACACGCGUCAUUGGGCUACUAAAGCUGCAGUCUUGUUCUUUCUCAACUCUCUUCCUGAGUCUGACCUUCGCGUGGCUCAGCAUGGAGAGCUGGUCAAGAUCACUGGGCUUGUCUCAUGCGGGAGUCUCUCCCUGGAAUCUUCAUAUGAAAAGGCUACUAGAUGUGUAUAUGCCUCUACUCUUUUAUAUGCAUACAAGGGAUUAACUCUUCAACCUAGAAAUGUCAAGAGAUCAUGCUUCCAGUGGCACUUAGAAUAUUGUGAGAGAUUCUCAACAGACUUUUUCUUGACUGAUCGGAAAUCUGGUCUUAGAGCUAUUGUCAAAGCUGGUUCUGGUUGUAAUCUUAUCCCACUGAUCUUUGAGAGCAAACUUGUCAACACAAGAAAAUGCAGAAUCCUCUCUCCUCACUUGACGAAAUGGUUACGUGAGAGAAAUCUCUCAGCUGAAUCCCGUCUGCUACGUCUGGAGGAAGGGUAUGUACAAGAAGGAAGCACUGUGACUGUAUUUGGCAUGCUGCACAGAAAUAAUGAGAUGACUACAAUUGUUCAGCCACCGGAAGUAAUUUCCAGUGGUUGUCUAUGGCGAAAACUGCUUCUCCCUGUUGACAUUGAUGGACUCAUUCUAAGGGUCUCUCCGAUGGCUGGGCAAUCUGUCAACCAAAAUUCUAUACAACACCCGGAAAGAUAGUAGGUAGGUAGCACAUUAUCUCUGAAGGAUGACACAAAUUUUCAGCUCAGGAGUUCAUGUCUGUCUUACUUGAUUUGAUGUCUCGCUAAUCACUAUGUAAACCUUUAGCUCUAACAGUAUUUAGCUCUGGAAAGGUCUUGUUCUGACUACAUUACUUUUGAAUUGACUUUCUGAUGUGUGAAUAUCUUUCA